AUGAUCAAAGGUAUAGUUGGAAUUGAGUGUGGUAGUAGAAUCAGUGUUAUUUCAAAAAUCGGUAGACAUGGAUUAGAAAACAUAGCAAGCGAAGCAUCAAAUAGAGAAAUACCAUGUAUUAUAGUUUAUGGAGAUAAGUAGAGAUUGUUUGCAGAGUUGGGAUAAGACAGGUUAAAAACAUUCUGGUAAUAAUCUAUAGUCUAUCCUUUCAGACUUUGCGCAAAUAAUGAAAUUAAUAAAGGGUUCACAUUUUUUAAUUAUAAUUAAGAGACAAAAAAAGCUAUUAUUGAUGGACAAGAAUUAGAAUUAGUCCAGUUAAUUGCAUCUUAUUUUACCUAUUUAGAUAAUUUGAUUUACAAGAAUCUUAAUGAAUAAGAUAAUUAUGCUUGUGCAAUAUCUACUCCAAACUAUUUUACUCUCGAAGAAAAGUUAAGGCUAUAAACAAGUGCUUAAAUAGCUAGACUGCCAUGCUUAAAGAUUGUAGAAGAACACUGUGCUAUUGGGUAUACUUACUUGUGGUUUUAGAAAUAAACCCUUCAUGAGAAAAGAAAAAGAGUUUUAUUUGUAGAUUUAGGAUAGUCUCAGACAAGCUGCUUUAUUUACGAUUUUGAUAAGCUAACAGCAAGAGCUGAGUAUAUAAAUAGUAAUAGAGAUUUGGGUGUCCGUAAUAUUGACAUGCUGGUUUACUAGUAUUUGAAGGAAAAAUACCCUGAUGUCUUCAAAAAAAUUAAUAAAAAAUAAGAGUUAAGAGUACUCGAACAAAUAGAAAAGCUUCGUAAAGUACUUAGCAGCAAUUCUGAAGCAAAUUUCAUGAUUGAGUGCUUGACCGCUGAUCAUGACUUGUAGCAUAACUUCACUAGAGAUGAAUUUGAAAAGAUUCUCUAUAACGGAGGAUUCGUUUCUAGUUUUGAAGAAAUCUUAAACAGAUCAAUUAGCUUUUGUUUGCAGUACGAAUUAAUUGUUGACGACAUUGAGAUUAUUGGAGGAGGUACACGUAUACCAUUAGUUUAGAGUUUGAUCAAGAAGAUUUUUAACAAAGAAAAGCUUGGUAUAUCAAUGCAAACUAGCGAAAAUAUUAGCAGAGGCUGUGCUAUUGCAUGCGCCUUGGCAGCAAGUUAAAUCAACCCUUUAAUUAAAAUUGAACAUUACAAACUCUAUAACAUACUUUAGCAUGACACUUAGGUAGAAUUAUUUGUUUAAGGAUAAAAAUAUGCAGAGCAAAAGUUCAGCUAAACUUAAUUCUUGCCAACCUAUUAGCAAAUAAGCGCUAUUUUACCCUCCUAUAUUGAAAACAUGGAUGUUCAAUUAAGAUUUAACAAUGUUGUUUAUAAAAACACUGAAAUAGUUUCUGGUAAUAAUAUAACUAUUUCUUAUACAAUUGGAGAUAAUGGCAUAUUAGAAGUUAAGUAAGCAUCAGUUGGUUUAAUUUCUUAAAAUGAAAAUUAAAACCAAGAUAACAAAAUGGUCAAUGAGGGAGAUUAGUAGAAAGAUUAGCAAAAUUAAUAAGAAUAACCCCCAUAAUAAAAUUAAAUGGAAGUAGAAUAAGAAUAAAAAUACUUUGAUAUGGAUUUACUUAACUAGGAACAUAGUGAAGAAGUAAUUAAAGCAAUGAUACAAGUAGAAAACUAAUAUAGAGAACGUGAUUAAAAUGUAUUAUUGACUUAGGAAAAGCGUAAUUACUUAGAGUAAUACAUAAAUGAUGCUAUUCGCUUCACUGAUGAGUAAUUAAAAUUACAUUUUUCAGCUGAUAGACUUGCAGUAGUAAACUAAAUUCUAAGAGAAAACAAAGAGUUUGUUGACAACAAUGAAGUAAUUGAGCUCUAAGAAACUGAGUCUAGAAUUUAAUUAAUUAAAAACACAUACGAGCCUUUAAAAAAUGAAUAUAACAAUAAGCAGCAAUAGAAAUUACCUAUUAAAUCUUUAGAUGAAUUGAAAAAUAUAUCAACUCUGUACACAGGAAAAACUAUCUAAGAUAUUUAGCUGCUCUUAAGCAAUUAGAAUAUUGGUGAUGGAGGUGGAAUUAUGGGUUACUUCAAGUCAUCCGGAUCUCAAAAAAUUAAAGAAUAUCUCAGCACUUUCGGUAUAACUCAUUCAGUCCUUCUUGAAUUAGGAAAUAACUCCUUCACUGAUAUUGGAAUCAAAAAUAUAUUAAAGGCAUUAUCUCAGAAAUCUCUUGGCUUAAAAGAAUUCUCCAUAAACUUAGAAAGCAACCUUAAAUCUAAAAACAAAAAUACAAUAACAGCCAAAUCUAUUUAGAAAGUAAUAAAACUGAUUGGCAAGCUAUAGGAUAUAGAGAUUUUAGAAAUAUGUGUAAAUUAAAUUGAGGAAUAUGAUCUCUAGUACUUGCAACAAAUCCUACUUUAAAAAUAAAAACUUAAACAAGUGAAAUUAGAAAUAAGAAAUUUCGAACAAAACAAAAUAAAUAGAGAUCAUUUCAUAAAUUAGGUUAAAAAAGUUUGUGGUAGCGUUAUUGUAGAUUGCUACAAUGAAACCGGAAUGAAAGUCCAUUGA